AUGGGGACCCCGAGAUGUGGACCUCUGAGGCUCGGGGGACAAGCAUUCAGUCAUCAGUCCGUAUCGUUUGGAUCUCGGAGAGGUUCAGGUCAGGAAACGACGGAAGAAAAUUGUCGACUCGGGUCAAGUUUGUUCCCGAUCGGCUACACUUUCAAGUUGCUUCCGAACGUCGAGUGCGUUUGUCGAUCGCCACCGAGUCUCGAAUGUUCCAGAACCGGCUGUAAGACGAUCAAUUUCCCCAAGGACAGAAACUGCAAGAUCAUAUCUGAGCCGUGGGAAUGUGCCAAGUAUUCUUGCGAAGGGGUGGAAGAUAUCGAGACUCAACCGAAAGCGGAUCAUUGCGGUAAAACCGCGUGUCCGACUGGUUUCUGUUUGAAACUGUCUGGAGAACACCAUUGCGUGCCGAAGCAUUGUCCAGUACCUUUGUGUGCUGCGGGUUGCUCAGUGGCUUUGCAGCCGGAUAAACCGUGUCCAACGUGUCUUUGUCAAGUCCCUAAUGCCGGCAGCUUAUGGAGCGAUUUGCCGGAGGAUCAUCCAGUGGUUUACGCCUCUGAUUCGGACACUCAAAACCUGGAUAAUCAGCAACACAGCGUCUUUGAUGAACCUGUGAAAUCGCCGUACUGCAAAGAUAAGUGUCCUGCCCCAAAGCGUUGCAUUUCCACUACAGAUCACGAAAAAGGAAUUUGCGUUUGUCCGAAUAAGAAUCAUUUUCCCGACGGAAUCAAAUCUGCGUGUCGGAACUCGCCCCGGGAACAAGUUUGUGGAACAGACGGCUAUACUUACCCAAGUGCUUGCCACCUGAUAUACUCCAGUUGUUAUUUCGCCAGAAGCCAGGUAGACAUUGCGUACGCUGGGAAAUGUAUCGGAUUGAAAGGAGGUCCGAUGUCCGAAGAAAGCGACGAUAAGAACGCGGGUAGUCAAGAGAAUUCGUUUGACAAGAAGAAAGAUCCUUGUUACGGCGUGACAUGCCUCGGCCCGAGGCGAUGCUUCGUGGAUUCUGUGGCUCGUCCGGUGUGCAAAUGCGACGCUGAUUGCAGUAAAAGGCUUGAGCAGUUUUCUGGCGCGAUUUGCGGAUCUGAUGACAGGACGUACGCAGAUCUGUGCGCGCUCAAAUUUCGAGCUUGCAGAGUAUCGCAAGAAAUCACGGUUGUCAACCGCGGCCCUUGUCAACCACCCGUUCUUCAGAAAGAUGAUCCGUGUUUCGGCGUCAAGUGUGUUCCUCCCAGAAUUUGUAUGGAAUCCAAGUUUGGGCCGAAAUGUGUCUGUGACAUAAAAUGCCCUUCCGCCAUUGCUGGUUCAGAAGCUGUGUGUGGCUCUGACAAGGAAACUUACGCGUCCAAGUGUUUCCUCCAACUCCGAAGCUGUCAGACCGGAAGAUCUCUCAAGGUCCUUCAUCAAGGACCCUGUCCAUCCGAAGAAAAUGAAAAAUGCAAACGAGUUGCUUGUAUUCAUCCGAGAAAAUGCAGACUUGGGGCGAAACGAGAGCCUGAAUGCGUCUGUCCAUCAAUUGACGAGUGCCUCAAAUUACUUACUUUACAAGAAGGACCAUCGGUUCUGCGUCCUGUGUGUGGCACUGACAAAGUUUUGUAUCCGAGCUUGUGCCACUUGAUCACAUUGACCUGUCAAAGGAAUGCUCAUGUUGAGGUUUUGCAGCAAGAUUCCUGUCCGCAAAUCGUAUGCCAAAGAAUUCCGAGUGUCGAGGAAAAGAACGGCUUUAAAGCCGUUUGUGGAUGCACGCCGAUAUCAGCUUGCCAGAAUAUGUGGGAACCAGUCUGUGCUGAUGAUGGUAGAACGUAUAGAUCGAUGUGUCACUUGACGUCUUUGGCGUGUCACCUUAAACAAGUUAUCAAACCAUUGCACAGCGGAGAAUGCGCUAAUAAAGGUCCUUGUGAAUCCAUCCAAUGUGUUGAGGGAAGGAAAUGCCUUGAGGAGAAUAAAGAGGCGGUUUGCGUCUGCCAACACAACUGCACUUUGACAAUCGAUGGUGCCACGCAGUUCGGAGACGCAGGGAAUCAGAUUGACACAUUGGUUGUGUGCGCAACUGAUGGGAGAUCGUAUCCAUCAGAGUGUCACGUCAAACAGGAAGCGUGUGAAACCGGAUUGGAUUUGAGAAUUCAAAGCUAUGGACCUUGUCAUAUUGACGCGGAUCCUUGCUCGAAAGUCAACUGCAUCUCCCCCAAAAAAUGCAAGAUCAUUUCUGGUGUGGCAGCGUGUGUUUGUCCUGAUGAUUGUUCCUCAUCGUCACAAAGUAGUGCACCACUUGGAUCAAUCUGUGGAUCUGACGGUUUAGUGUAUCCAACAGAGUGCCACAUGCUUGCUGCUGGUUGUCAAAAGGAUAUGAUCAUUAAAAAAGUACCCAGCACUUUUUGUGGCGCUACCACUGUUGAUUCGAAUUUCGAUGAAACCGACAAUUCUCCCGUCGAUGUCGGAUUUGAAUACGAUAGUAAUUUUCCCUCUGCUGUGGUUCCUUAUCCAAAACAUGGAUUAAAAAUUAAGCCAGGGUCAAUCACAUUCAAGCGGGAUCAAGGAGCUUCCGGGGAAUCCAGGAUAUCCCAGGUUGUCACCAAGAUGGAAAUGCUGAUUUCAAAACACUGUCAGCCAGGCACCUGUUCAUCGACCGAAUGUUCAUGUUUGCGCUUCGUUUACAGGUAUGUGCCCUGUAGUAAACCAGAAGGCGUAGCCAUUAUUCUGCUGCUCGGUAACGAACUGCGUGAUGCCGAUUUCGUGGUUGUCUUCUUCACCGUCCUUUUCGUCGCGUACCCCGUCAACAGGCGAAGAUGGCUCGUUAAAUCCCCGCCCACGAAACCCGUGAUCAAAGCUAAAUGGCGACGUCGCUACUUCGUCCUUCGUCCGGCGCUGGUACCUGGAAACUUCGUGUUGGAAUACUACUCUAACUCCGAAUGCAAAAAAUUGAAAGGCAGAAUAGAUCUUGAGGAUUGUAGUAGGGUGGAGCGUGGAACUUCAAGAGGCAAAUAUCAGUUUGUGAUGGAUGUUCACACAACGAAGCGUGUUUACUAUUUGGCCACGGAGCUUGAAGACGACUUGAAAUUGUGGUUAGAAAUGUUGUGGAAGGUUUGUGGACGCGGUCCGGAGAGAAGCGUAGAGAAAGAUAGCGAAGAGGAGAGUCCUUACAUACCAAUAAGUGAAUGCAUCAGUGGUGGAGCUGCUCCUGAAAGACCCAGAGAUCCUAAGCCUACUCCCGCAAGUUCACCUGUUGGUCCCGUGGUGUUCAGGUAUGAUGAAGAGGCGAUUAGAGCGGUCGAUACUUGUGUUGGACCUCCAAUCGAUCGCAACCUUAAGCCCAGGAGCGCUCCUACCGUUGACAGGAGUAUCAAACCUGAGAAAAUGAUUGGCGAACGUUUUCCUUUGGCGCCGCCACCUGCGGGCUGCCAAAGUUGGAUUCGGAAGCAAGAGUUCGCUGUGAUUUCUGGAUUUCCAGUGACAAGAAUGCCGAGUGCAGGGAGCGACGAAGCAGAUUGUUCCUUGUACACGGAUGACCAUUCGCGGCUGCAAUACGUCACGCUGGACUUGGAGUCCUCUCAGCGACGCGAAGAAGCGGAAGCAGACGUCGAACUGAGUGACUACUACUUUCCGAGCCAAGCUGUUUCUGCUCCACCGUCUGCUUGCCCCGCGGCGGUGUCUUCUUCGGGCACAGUGUAUAAAACAGUGGACUUCUUGAAAACCAAAGCCUUCAAUGAAACUCGGAUGCAGUGCGAAGAGGAGUAUCGUAAAUCCGAGUUCUAGUGGUGAUGAAAUUGUUUCGCAGUGGCCUUACUCUUGCGAUCGCGACGAGUGGGUGUUUUUUUUUUCUUUUUUUUUGCGCUGGGGUUACAAUUGAAUUUUUAUUUUGUUUUCGUGGGUAUUCCCUGUUGCGUGAGCAACUCGAUUCGCACUGCAGAUUUCACGUAACUAUUGAAAGCACUGGGUUUUCUCAGGCAAAUCGUUUUAUUGUUUGAAGUUCUUGUUUUGCACAGUAGAAGUUCCUCCGUCGAAGUAAUAUUCUUUUUGGUGACCUCAUGUUGUCCCUUGGAUUCAUAUGAAAAAGUAAUCAAAAGAUUCGAGUCGUGAUCUGCAUUUGUGGCUCCUUGCAAAUUCAGUUUAGCGCGAAUCCCGUUCAACCUCGGGAAUGAGAAAUAUCUCUGUCCCAUGAAGCCUUGGUUGAUUAAGCCUUGCGCGUGCAUGUGCCAUUGUUGGUUAAUUUUAUCUCCUUGCAUUGAGUUGAGAACAAGUGCGAUACGGCAGGAAAAAGGGGAUGAAUUGUUGCUUGAGGCCAUGUUUUGUAAGCAAUGUAACUUGAGGACCAAAUUACUGUCCGUGCCUUUCGGUAACUCGCUCACAUGCAUUGUGCGACGAGGAAAGUUUUUUGUUAUGUUUUCGUUUUUCGGACGAGACUCUUGUUAAUGGUUUGAAUGACGUGUUUUGUGAAUGCGUUGGAUGACUCACGAUUUUUCUGGAUUUUGUGGGAUGCUUUCAUCCUGCUGUGAUGUUUUCUGCUCAACACUUUUUUUUUUUUGCCCAGUUGGAGAGAACAAGUCGCUGAAGGAUUCGUUGCAAUUCAAAUUCGAGUGCCUUUUUCGCUAAUUCUCUGACAAAGUAAAAAAUCUUGAAAACGAUGUUUCAGUUCAUGAAUCCAGCGUCAGAAAAAGUGAUAAUUGUGUAAGUUUCUCUCGCGGCUUGAAAUUGGAAGCGAUUGUUAUCGGGUUUGACGUGAGUCCUCCAUCGUGUUCUCGACUAUUCUUUACGCAAGAAGAAGAAGCAAAGCCAAUGCUGCAAUGAUUUAUUUUUGAGGUUAUGUGCAGAAAAAAAUGAGGCCGUUCUUCGUCGCGAGGAAUGCGUGUGAUUUUGCUGGACUGAGAUGGCGGUUGUAUUGGUUGAAAACAUUCUUGGAAUGGGGAGGAAAAACCCUCGCAUUCCAUUUGGUAUGCUUUUCUGCAUCUUUCCCAAAAAUCUCACAUUCACUUCUAUCCACUGAUUUUGGUUGCUGAAUAGUUGAUCGAAGUCGCGGGAUUUUGACAUGGGAUUUUGGAUUUUUCGCAUUGGAUUAACUUGAAGACAAAGCGGUCUGUGGUUUAAUGCACUUUAUAUUAUAUUCAAGGUAAAGAAAGCGUUUGAAGUUUUGAGAAUUACUGCUCUGCAUUUACGCUAGCUUGAAAGGGUCGUAUUUUGAAUUCAAUUCCAAAGAAGAAAAAAAACCAUUACCGCAGGACUUGGAUCCCAUUAUGAUGUGGUCCAUAAAUUUGCACCAAUUUGAAAGAUCAGUUCCUCAAUGGCGAUGAAAAUGCUCAUGCCGCUGAAGACGAGUUCAAAGCAUUUUAUGAAUGGAUUCCCAAAAAUAACAUUUGGAAUGAAAUUGUAUAAUUAUGUCAGACGCGAUUUUCUUGGAAAACAGUAGAAUUAUGUAUUUACCUAAUUUACGCCGUCGUGAGGUUUUGCAACUCUUGCAACGUUAAUUUUCGUUGGAGGACAGUAGUUUGCUUUCAUUGAACUGCAUUAUAUUUUAAGAGGCAUGAUGAUUCAAAAAUUGGUGCUCAUUUUGUUCCACGCAUACGCGUCAAGUUCUCACUAACCUUUUUUCAGUUAAUAACGCUCAUCACUGACACAGUGAGGCGUGUUUCAAGGAUCAGCGGAAUUUUACCAUUAUUUGCUUAAAUGUCGUUUCAAGUUUUGCAUUCGUAACUGCAAAACAUGCGCGUCCAUUCCGUGCGUGUUUGUCCCUGAAAACCGGAGUGGAAGUAAUUUUUUCGCAUGUUUUAAUAAAAUCCAAAUCUGUCCGUCCAUUACAUGAAUUUUUGGGCUACUGAGGUUCAAAAUUCUGCCAUUUUCCGGAACCCCGAUUUGAUCCUACGAAUUCAUUGUUUUUGUGCUAAAUUCACUUGCUUUGAACUGACGCUUCAUUUGGCCUGAACGAGAUGAUCGCGGUCUCUUAUUUUUUUGUUCGAGUAAAUGAAGGUCAGGAAAUGUGUGAAAACGGUCUGCGACCUUCCAGCGAGCUGUGCUGUUCCUUAGCAAAUGUGAGCUUUGCUUCGUAUGGGAAAGGGGCGAAUCGCGAUUUCCCCCUUUUCUUUUCGAAAUGAUUCGUGCUGAACUUUACGUGAAGCCAUUUUGGCGAAAAGAUGCUAUACAGGAUGCCGAGAGAGAUUGAAAUGAAACUUGAUCAUUGUUG